AUGUUCACCAUCUUAAAGAAGUAUAGAAUGAGGCUCAACCCCACAAAGUAUGCAUUCGAGGUGACUUCAGGCCAAUUCCUUGGCUUCAUGAUCAGCCAGAGAGGUAUUGAGGCCAAUCCAGAGAAGAUCCAAGCCAUCUUAGACAUGACGAUACCCAAGACGGUCAAGGACAUUCAGAGCCUUACCGGGCGUGUCGCAGCCCUGACCAGAUUCAUCUCUAAGGCUACUGAUCGAUGCGCCCCAUUCUUCAAGGCACUUAAGGGUAGGAAGCGAAGCAUUACCUGGACCGCUGAGUGUGACAAGGCUUCCAGCGAGCUAAAGGAGUAUAUGAGCCGAGCCCCUUUAUUGUCAAUACCUGAGCCUAGAGACACCCUCAUGAUUUAUCUCUCCGUCUCGGCUACAGCGGUUAGUUCUGUGUUCAUCCAGCCAAAGGAGAGUACUGAGCACCCAGUGCAUUAUGUCAACAAAGCAUUACAAGAUGCCGAGGUUCGGUACCCAGACAUUGAGAAAUUGGCAUUCGCCCUGGUGGUUUCGGCUAGGCGCCUCAUACCGUACUUUCAAGCUCAUACCAUUUAUGUCUUAACCAACCAACCACUUAGGCAAAUGUUGCAGAAGCCGGAGACUUCUGGGAGGUUAGUUAAGUGGGUCAUUGAACUUGGUGAGUUUGAUAUCCACUACAAACCCCGCCCAGCCACAAAGGGCCAAGCCGUGGCUAACUUCAUAUCCGAAUUCACCGAACCUCAUGCUUUGACCAGUCCACAGAUUACAAUCAAGCCUACUCCUACCUCGAGCCAAGUCCACGUUGCCAGCAACGGCACCCUAGACUUGACUCAGCCCUUAUGGACCUUAUAUGUGGAUGGCUCUUCCAAUGCCAGGGAUGUGGAGCUGACCUCGUUCUCAUCUCCCCAGACAAGAUUGUCCUUGAGUACGCCAUCCGCUUCAAAUUCCAUGCCUCCAACAAUGAGGCCGAAUACGAAGCACUCUUAG